AUGGCGGUGUCGUGUGUUCUUCUGUCAAACCCAUCCCUUCUGUGCCAAACGCGCCUAUCUCGACCAUCAUCAAGGCAAAUUUCAAUGCCUGAGAGGGGUGUAUUUUGGGAUCGACAAUCAAGAACAGCUUCCGUUCUUGCACGGGUUGCGACAAUAACUUCCGAAACAAGAUCCGAUUGUAUAGUUACACCAGUGGUGACGAAAAAGGCCAAAACUAGUUUCAGUUUGGCUACCAUUUGGAGAGAGAUUCAAGGUUCAAAUGACUGGAAAGAUCUUGUUGAGCCAUUGCAUCCACUUCUAAGAGAAGAGAUCAUACGGUAUGGAGAGUUUGUUGCAGCAUGCUACAAGGCUUUCGAUCUCGACCCAAGCUCGAAGCGCUAUUUGAAUUACAAGUAUGGGAAGAAGAAAAUGCUGAGAGAAGUUGGUAUGGAAGGCUGUGGUUACAAAAUCACAAAGUACAUCUAUGCAACGCCUGACUUAAAUAUUCCCAUUCAAAAUGGGAGAUGCCGUGGCCGAUGGAUUGGAUACGUUGCCGUCUCUUCUGAUGAUGAGGUCAGGAGGCUGGGAAGGAGAGAUGUAGUCAUUACCUUCAGGGGAACCGUUACAAAUACUGAAUGGGUCGUGAAUUUCAUGAGUUCAUUUACUGGUGCGAGAUUAGACCCUCAAAAUCCACGGCUCGAUGUUAAGGUGGAGUCGGGCUUUUUGAACUUGUAUACAUCGUCUGACGAUAGCACUUCCAAGUUCGGCCAUGGAAGUUGUAGAGAACAGCUUCUAUCAGAAGUUUCACGAAUUAUAAAUGAGUAUGAGGAUGAGGAGAUGAGCAUCACAGUGGCUGGACAUAGCAUGGGAAGUGCUCUAGCCAUGAUUCUUGCCUAUGAUGUCGCAGAGCUUGGGUUGAACAAAACCAAAUCAAGAUAUCGAAUCCCUAUUACAGUUUACUCGUUUGGGGGGCCAAGGGCUGGGAAUUCCGGAUUCAAGGAGAGAUGUGAAGAGCUAGGCGUUAAAGUUCUAAGGAUAGUGAAUGUGAAUGACCCCAUCACCAAGCUUCCUGGGGUUCUUCUCAAUGGGAAUUUUAGGGUUUUUGGAAGAAGAUAUGAGCUUCCGUGGAGUUGUUCAUGUUAUGCACAUAUGGGGGUUGAGCUAGCGCUUAAUUUCUUCAAGAUGCAAAACCCUUCAUGUGUUCAUGACUUGGAGACUUAUAUUAGCCUACUGAGAUGUCCCGAAAGGGUGCAAGUUCUUAAGGAUGGACCCGAUCGAUUUUCUCCACAAGGCUAG